UAACAGACGAAGAGGACAGAGGAGAGAGGCAGAAGAGAACAGAGACGGAAAAAUGAGUGGGAACAAAAUAAAUUCUGUGUUCUACGCAGUCGGCUACCAUCCAAUCCAAUCAGGAAGCAUCGACGGCACUGAUAUUGUUCUUCACGACAACGCUGUUUAUAGAGCUCUUCUCUGCUCUUCUGCUGGCCUCUAUGACCCAUUUGGGGAUCCUAAGGUUAUUGGAGACCCUUAUUGCACUUUGUUUGUUGGACGCCUCUCAGACCUCACGACCGAAGAAACACUGCGGAAGGUUAUGAGUAAGUAUGGAAGGGUGAAGAACAUGCGACUAGUUAGAGAUAUUGUAACUGGUGCUUCACGUCGUUAUGCUUUUGUUGAGUAUGAAACAGAAAAAGAGAUGAGGCAUGCAUAUGAGGAUGCCCAUCAUUCGAUCAUUGAUGGCUCUGAAAUUAUAGUCGACUACAACAGGCAGCAAUUGAUGCCAGGAUGGAUCCCACGAAGGUUAGGAGGCGGCCUUGGUGGUCUGAAGGAGUCUGGCCAGCUUCGUUUUGGAGGACGAGAAAGACCAUUCAAAGCUCCCUUGCGAUCAAUUCCUUUGGAUGAUUUGAAGAGACUUGGCAUACCGCCUCCCCCAGAAGGAAGAUACAUGUCACGUUACCAGGUACCAUCUCCCCCAAGAAGACCAAGGAACUCCGUGGACAGGGAGGAACGCUCACAUAAGCGCCAUAAACACAGUAGACAUUCCCAUCGACAUGAGAGGGGGUCUUCCAGUAGAGAUUAUCUUUCUGAUUGAUUGUUAAAAAGCAGCCAGUUCUCUACUUGCCGUACACUGGAGACAGGGGCCAAGGUGCAAUAUGAACUCGAAAAGAAGGGCUUUGUGUAAAUGAUUCUUGCAUUAUCAAGGAUUCUCAGUACCGAUUAAGUGCUUUG